UUCUGCGAGGAGUUCAAGGAGAAGUGUCCCUUCUGUGUGGCCUGCGGGCUGAAGCUGGCGGAGAAGACGCAAAUGGCCAUCGUCCGGCACUUCGGCCUGCAGAUCCUGGAGCACGUGGUCAAGUACCGCUGGAACAAUAUGCCUCGCCUAGAUAAAGUUUAUCUGAAGAACAAUGUAAUGGGCCUUAUAUCUAAUGGAACUCAAAGUAUACUGGAGGAGGAAAGUCACAUUAAGGAUGUUUUGUCUCGCAUUGUGGUGGAGAUGAUCAAGCGUGAAUGGCCUCAGCACUGGCCUGACAUGCUAAAGGAGCUGGAUACCCUCUCCAAGCAAGGGGAAACUCAGACGGAACUGGUGAUGUUCAUCCUCCUCCGUUUGGCAGAGGAUGUGGUGACUUUUCAAACUCUGCCUACCCAGCGGCGACGAGAUAUCCAGCAAACCCUCACCCAGAACAUGGAGAAGAUCUUCAGCUUCCUCCUAACUACCCUGCAGCAGAACGUCAACAAGUACAGGCGCAUGAAGACUGAUCUGGCUCAGGAGCCAAAGGCCCAGGCAAACUGCCGCGUGGGCAUAGCAGCACUCAACACCUUGGCUGGUUACAUUGACUGGGUAGCCCUGAGCCACAUCACAGCAGACAACUGCAAGCUCUUGGAGAUGUUGUGUCUGCUUCUAAACGAGCCUGAGCUCCAAAUAGGAGCAGCUGAAUGUCUCCUGAUUGCUGUCAGCAGGGAGGGUAAGCUGGAAGAUCGGAAACCUCUGAUGGUCUUGUUUGGAGACGUUGCCAUGCACUACAUUCUCUCUGCUGCUCAGACAGCAGAUGGAGAAGGCCUGGUGGAGAAGCACUAUGUUUUCUUGAAGAGACUUUGCCAAGUUUUGUGUGCAUUGGGCAGCCAGCUAUGUGCGUUACUAGGCUCAGAGUCUGAUGUGGAAACACCAGCCAACUUUGGAAAAUACCUUGACUCGUUUUUAGCCUUCACAACCCACCCGAGCCAGUUUCUGCGCUCCUCCACCCAGAUCACAUGGGGAGCUCUCUUUCGGCAUGAAGUUCUGUCUCGAGACCCCUUGUUGCUGGCAAUGAUUCCCAAGUAUCUCCGUGCAUCUAUGACCAACCUAGUGAAGGUGGGCUUUCCCUCUAAAACAGACAGCCCCAGUUGUGAAUACUCCCGCUUUGAUUUUGACAGCGAUGAGGACUUCAACGCCUUCUUCAACUCUUUCCGAGCGCAGCAAGGAGAGGUGAUGAGGAUGGCUUGUCGUCUGGACCCUCGCACAGGCUUCCAAAUGGCUGGUGAAUGGCUAAAGUACCAGCUCACAGCUCCUGUUGAUACUGGACCCAUGAACUCUAAAACAGGCGAAGGUCUCUGCUCCAUCUUCUCUCCAUCCUUUGUGCAGUGGGAUGCCAUGACCUUCUUCUCUGAGAGCGUCAUCAGCCAGAUGUUUCGAACCCUGGAUAAAGACGAAAUCCCAGUGAAUGAUGGCAUAGAUCUGCUCCAGCUUGUCCUUAAUUUUGAAACAAAAGAUCCUCUCAUCCUGUCCUGUGUGCUCACCAACGUCUCUGCUCUCUUCCCAUUUGUCACUUACCGACCAGAAUACCUACUGCAAGUACUUUCCAAGCUAUUUUCUUCGGUUACCUUCGAAGUUAUAGAAGAAAGCAAGUUUGUUAUGUCUGUCCAGGCUCCUAGAACUAGAGCAGUGAAGAAUGUGAGAAGGCAUGCAUGCUCCUCAAUCAUAAAGAUGUGUCGAGAUUAUCCUCAGCUUGUCCUGCCAAACUUUGAGAUGUUGUACAACCACGUGAAGCAGUUGCUCUCCAAUGAGCUACUCCUGACGCAGAUGGAGAAGUGUGCUCUUAUGGAGGCCCUUGUCCUCAUCAGCAACCAGUUCAAGGACUAUGAGCGGCAGAAAGCUUUCCUGGAGGAGCUCAUGGCUCCUGUUGCUGGCUUAUGGCUUUCGCCAGAGAUGCAGAGAGUCCUCUCAGAUCCUGAAGCCUUUAUUUCCUACGUGGGUGCAGACAACAAAAUUGCUGAUCCAGUGUUGGAAGAUCCUAGUGGCCUGAAUCGCUCUAGAAUAAGCUUUUGUGUGUACACCAUUCUGGGAGUUGUGAAACGAGCUCGUUGGCCUGCUACUACUGAAGAGGCAAAAGCUGGAGGAUUCUUGCUGGGAUACAUGCCCAGUGGAAGUCCAAUCUACCGUAAUCCCUGCACUGAGCAGGUCCUGAAGCUUCUUGACAAUUUACUUGCUCUUAUAAGGACACACAACAAUCUCUACAUGCCAGAGAUGGUGGCUAGGCUGGGGGAGACGUUUGCCAAGGCCUUAGACAUGCUGGAGGUGGAGAAGAAUGCCAUCCUAGGUCUUCCUCAGCCCCUGCUGGAGCUUUAUGACUCUCCUGUUUACAAAACAGUCUUGGAAAGGAUGCAGGGCUUCUUUUGUACCCUUUACGACAACUGUUUCCACAUCCUGGGAAAUGCAGGCCCCUCCAUGCAACAAGAUUUCUACACUGUCGACGGUCUUGCCACCCAGCUCCUCAGCUCAGCUUUCAUCAACCUCAACAACAUUCCUGAUUACAGGCUGCGUCCCAUGCUGCGUGUCUUUGUGAAGCCCUUGGUACUGUCCUGCCCUUCAGAAUACUACGAAACCCUUGUCUGCCCCAUGCUGGGACCACUCUUUACCUACCUGCACAUGAGGUUGUCUCAGAAAUGGGAGGUGAUCAGCCAGCGGAACAUGCUCUGUGAGGAUGAUGCUGCAGAUGACAACCCCGAGUCUCAAGAGAUGCUUGAGGAGCAGCUGGUCAGGCUGCUGACCCGAGAAGUCAUGGAUCUCAUCACUGUUUGCUGUGUUUCUAAGAAAGGUGUUGAGCAUAACACUACUGCUGCUGUAGAUGGAGAUGAUGAUGAGGUGAUGGCCACAGAGGUGACUCCCCCUGCCAGCGCAGAGCUCACCGAGCUUGGAAAGUGUCUGAUGCAGCAAGAGGAUGUCUGCACUGCGCUGCUGAUCACUGCCUACACAUCCCUCUCCUGGAAGGACACUUUGUCCUGCCAAAGAACCACAACACAACUCUGCUGGCCGCUGCUCAAACAGGUGCUUCCAGGAAACCUCCUGCCUGAUGCUGUGUCUUGGUUUUUCACAAGUGUGCUGAAGGGCUUACAAAUACAUGGGCAGCACGAUGGCUGUAUGGCAGCUCUUGUCCACCUGGCUUUCCAGAUCUACGAGGCCUUGCGCCCUCGUUAUGCUGAGCUGAAAGCUGUCAUGGAGCAGAUCCCAGACAUCCAGAGGGACUCUUUGGAGCAGUUUGAUUCAAAGCUGCUCAACCCAACACUGCAGAAAGUGGCAGACAAGCGCCGGAAGGAUCAUUUCAAGCGUCUCAUCGCGGGUUGCAUUGGGAAGCCCCUUGGGGAGCAGUUCCGCAAGGAGGUCCAUAUCCGGAACCUCCCAUCUCUCUUCAAAAAGGUGAAGCCAUCAUUGCAGACGGAUGUGCUAGAAAAUGAGGAUGGAGAGGCCCUCACUGCACUCUUUGAGCCCUGAGCCUGGGAUGCUGCAACCAUUUCCUGCCCUACCUUAUAUUUUGUCUCUCCUCAUAGUAAGCACAUUAGAUUCUCCUUGUCAUCGCCUCCACAAGCAUUUGUCUGAAUAAAGCCCCUUACAGGUCC